AUGAGUGGCAUUGAUUGGAGCAUUUUUAAGGAUGGCGAGAAGGACGCUUUCGGGUGGCUGCUGCGCAACAACGCGGCGGCCUCCGCGAAUACGAGCGCAAGUAUGGCAACCGACGGCGAAGAGAACGUGGUAAGCGACAUUCUGCCGCUUGAUGAUGUCGAAAUGGACCGCAUGAUGGCGGGGGUCUCGUCGGACGCUCGAUUGCUGGCGGCGCAGCUGUACGAGGGUCUUCGGUCGUCCCCGUCCAAGCCGACAUCGAGCUUCAUGUCAAUGCUUCCGAACAUACGCCCAUUUGACAAUCACAAUCUCAGCAAACGAGGACACGCUAAGAGCAAAGCAAACUCGUCGGCCACCGCGAAAAGUAAACGACCCUUAAAGCGCAAGAAAAGCGAUCCGGUGUCACCAACCUCUGCCGGAUCUGGAGCCGAAGACGAUAUUGAGAAGAAGCAGCUUCGGCGGGUGAAAAACUUAGUGUCUGUACGAGAGUUCCGCAAGCGCAAGACGAAGCAGCUUGAACAGAAUGAGGCACGACUACGUCGACUUGAGGCAGAAAAUAUGGAUCUGAAGAUGCGUCUGAAAAUCGGCAAGGAGGCGAUCUUAAGUGAGCAGCGCGAGAAGCAGCAGAUUAGGGAGCAGAUGCGGGAGAUGCUGCAGCGAAAUGCGAAUGAACAAGAGAUCGCUCAGUUCCUGAAUAUGUACAAAGUGACGUACUCGGACUAUGGGCCAAAGAGGCGUGAGAAGCUGCACUUUCAUCUGUCGCGCAUUCGUGAGCUGCUUCUUCCCACGCAGGUCACGAAGUUGAGUCUGUAUUCCGUGGAACAGGGUGUGGAUAUGCUCAGGCGUGACCACGUUAUCAAGGAAGACCCGAUGUCCGCGCCUGAAUCCGCCACCGCAACCAUGAGUCUUUGGGGUAUUCUGGUGGAUGAACUGGAGGUGUCAGACGAACAGCAAGGGCAGAUUUUGGAGCGCCGAGCGGCUAUCAAAACGGUGCGCGACGAUUUGAAUCAUACCCUGAGCAUCGUGAAAAAGCUGGAAGAGGUGACCGACGAAAAGAACACGGCGCUAGAGGCCCAGGUAGCUCAGCUACAGCAGAUCCUCACACCCUCUCAAGCUACCAAGUUUAUCAUUUGGGUCAAGGAAAACCCAGCCUUUAUGUACAUGCUGGACAAGCUGGUGGACUCUACCUUGCAGAGCCACACAAAUCGCGCCGAGGAAUGA